UCUUCCGUGGAAUGUCAAAUCGGCAAGAAGAAGCAUUUCAUAAACAAAAUAUCUGAGAACUUUGCGCUCACUAAAUACAAAAGCUGGUGAAAUCGAAAUGUCUGCGGAGGUGUCUACCGAUGAAGCUGCUCCGCCGGCGGAGAAGAAGUCCAAGCUGACCAAUGCACAGAAGGCGAGGAUCGAAAGGAACCUGGCCAAGGCGCAGAAAUUGCGGGAGGCCAAGUUGGUUUUGCAUCCAUUUAAGGACCUGGCCAGCAAUAAGGAGGGCGGCUCCCAUCCGGAGGCGACCCUCAGCCAGGGAAGCUCUGUGAUCAAGGUGCAGGGAACCAAGUACAUAGACUCUGGCGGGGGUUUCCUGCUUGAACAGCCUGUUCUGCCCACGGCCUCGGGUACAGCGGGUCUGAAUAAGUCGGGGGAGGAGGCCCCUCCUAUCCUGGACGACGCCAUUGCCAUACCCGUGCAGUACGAGGAGUGCCUGGAGUGCGGGGACAUGUUCGCCGACUCCUAUUUGUUCAACAACUUCGGGCACUCGGUGUGCGACAAGUGCCGGGACAAGGACGAACGCUACGCCCUGAUUACGCGGACUGAGGCCAAGGCCGAGUACUUGCUGAAGGACUGCGACUUCGACAAGCGGGAGCCCAAGCUGCGGUACAUAAGCCGCAAGAAUCCGCACAACGUGCGUUGGGGCGAGAUGAAGCUGUAUCUCCAUCUGCAGAUCCACCAGCGCGCACUGGAGGUCUGGGGCAGCGAGGAAGAGCUGGUGCGCCAGCACGAGUCGCGAGAGGACAAGCGGGAGGAGGGAAAGGCGCGCAAGUACAACAAGAAGAUGAAGCAACUGCGCAUGGAGGUGCGCAGCAGCAUCUACACCAAGAAGACGCACGAAAUUCACGAGCACGAGUUCGGGCCGGACACCUACAACGAGGAGGAGGACACCUACACCCACACCUGCCUCACCUGUCCGUACAGCGAGACCUACGAGAAGAUGUAGGCGGAUGUGGUGAGCAUCCAGCUGCGAGCCUACAAGCGCUGCCGAAUCAAGAAUGGAACUGAAGCCAUUGAAAACAUGAAAACAUUUUUUUUUCCCCAUCUUAAGCCCCCUACUUACAAACCAUUAUUACUUUAAAAAACUAGUUAAGUGAAAAUAAGUGAGAUCUGUAAUUGAAGUACACACAAAUGCGCAUGAAUCAAGUGCUAAAAAUGAA